AAAAAAUUACAAAAAAUUUUGAAUUUUUUUGGUUACUUUGGAUUUGACAUGUUGGCACGCCGGCGAGACGAGCGCCCUCUUUCUGUGACAAGUUCGCGGUGACCACGUUUUGCUGUGCUGCAAAAGUUGUUAAUAUUCAGCAACCAUGGGUCGUGUCCGUACAAAAACGGUGAAAAAAGCCUCAAAAGUCAUAAUCGAGAAGUACUACACUCGCCUAACCCUUGAUUUCCACACAAACAAGCGCAUUUGCGAGGAAAUCGCCAUCAUCCCGACCAAGCCUUUGCGCAACAAAAUCGCGGGUUUUGUGACCCAUUUGAUGAAACGGCUCCGUCAUUCCCAAGUCCGUGGCAUUUCCAUCAAACUGCAGGAGGAAGAAAGGGAGAGAAGGGACAACUUCGUCCCGGAAGUUUCCGCUCUGGAGCACGAUAUUAUCGAAGUCGAUCCGGAGACUAAGGAGAUGUUGAAGAUGCUCGACUUCAACAACAUCAGCGGGUUGCAGCUCACACAACCCACUGCAAACACGUUUAAUAGACGCGCUUAAUUUGUAUUUAAUUUGACACCAAUAAAUUUUCAUAACUA